CACUUAACGUCCAAGGACUAUAUGACUGCUGGCUGACUCAAUUAUGUGACAGCAUGGCCAAAUUCCAGGAUGCUUCCCAGAUACUGGCAGAGUAUAAAAUGCAGAAUGGGUUCAAGAUUUCCGAGUCAAUCCUACCCAAAAACUAUUACUAAGAUUUAAAAAAAAAAAGGAAAAUUCAUUUGUCUUCAAUUCUUCCAUCAUCAUCAUCAUCAUCAACCAAAUUUAUGGAGCAGGUACACCAAAAAAUGGAAGAAGAUGUUCUGUUAAGUUCAGAGAGUACUACGGAAGUUGAAGAUGAUUAUUCAGACAUCAGACUUAGGCUGCCGGACUUAGCAGAUGCUGAUGAUUUCAUGGAGUGGCUUACAGAUGAAAGAGUGAGCAAAUUCUGCUCUUGGGACUGUUACACAUCCAAAGAAGGCGCCAUGGAUUAUCUUGCCGACGUAGCUAUUCCCCAUCCAUGGUACAGAGUAAUAUGCCUGAAAGAUAAGCCUAUUGGUUCAAUUUCUGUGACUCCAUUCCGCGGUAACGAAAUAUGCAGGGGUGAAAUUGGGUAUGUAUUGGCAUCCAAGUACUGGGGCAAAGGAAUUGCUACUAAGGCGGUGAAAAUGGUGGCUUCCACGAUAUUUGUCGAGUGGCCGCAUCUGGAAAGGCUCGAAGCUCUUGUGGACGUUGAAAAUAUGGGAUCCCAGAAGGUGAUGGAAAAGGUUGGCUUCAGCAGAGAAGGUGUUCUGAGGAAGUAUUGUCUUCUCAAGGGCAACCCGAGGGACAUGGUUAUGUUUAGUCUUCUGUCUACUGAUCCCCAAGUCAAUUAUUUUAUGUACGAUUGAAUUAGGCAUCCGAUCCAAGUGAAUCAGGACGGGAGGCAAUUGUUCAUAGAUAAUGUAUAGUUUGAUUAUGAGUGUAUGAAAAAUAUGUAUAAUUUAAUGGUGACCUAACUUUCUUUAUUUAUUCUUUUGAUGAUAUUAUAUAGGACUCCUACAAUGUUUCCUUCGACA